GGGCUGGCCGGUUCUCGGUUCAGUCUCGUCUCCGCGCUCCAAUGAUGCACAACCGAUGCGGAUCCAUCUGGCUGCUGGCCGUCCUGCUGCUGGCGCUCCUGCUUCCGGAGGCACUGCUGCCCACCGCCGACGCGGGCAGCGAACCGGUGUGCUCCUACCGCAACUCGGAGGAUGAGACCAUCUUCCUCAAGUACCUGCCGCUGCUGAGACGCGGACAGGACUACGUGGACUUCGGCAAGGACGGCAAGUGCCUCAAGCGGGCCAUCUGCACGGACACCUUCAAGACCAUCGUGGAGGACUGUGGACAGCAGAAGAUCAGUUGUGCCAACAAGGAUCGCUUCACCGGAGUUUUCCCCGGCUGCUGCCUCAAGUGCACCUAAAACCGAGGAGUUUCAUUAGAGAAAUGUGUAUGAUGUGUAUUAUGUGUUGAAAUGUAAACAGUAAACGAUUAGUGACACUUCUGUAUGGAAUAUAUGUUAGCAUUCAAAUACAGGGUAUACGAUAACUAUAGUUUA